AAACGCGUAUUGUACGGGCACGGUGCGGGCACACAUAGCACACAUAGUCAAAGCGAUCCGAGUAUUUCCGAAUUGGCUGUGCUCCCAAACAACAAAUCAGUGAAAUAGUUAACCAAAUAAAAUAUAAACAAGUUGUAUUGGAAAUGUCCUGAUUGUGUUGCCCUUUCUUUUUGUUCGAGUGCGUAUCGUGUGUCUCUGUGUGUGUCGUCGUCUCGUGUAUGGUGCUAAAAUUUACACUUACCCACCUACACAUAUAUAUACACACACACACAAACACACACGCGCGCACAUACAGACGUAUACAUUAUCUAAUGCGUUUGGGUAAUGUGGACGUUGUCAUACAGAAAGAUAAACUUGGCUCGCCAACGGGCGGCUCCGAUGACGGCAACCUAGCAGCAUUGGGCGGCAUAACGGGUCUCGGCGCCAUGAUGGCCGCUGGUGGCAUUGACUUGGCCGAUCUGGCACAGGAACUGGAUCAGGAUGAAUUCGAUGGGCCUCAUAUGCUAAAUGGUGAGCGCCCAGCGAUAAUUGCACCACCGGAGAGCGAAUGGUAUCAUGGACGACUGGAUCGCUAUUCGGCGGAGGCGCGGCUUCGUGGCAGCGGCAAAUUGGGCAGUUAUCUGGUGCGCGAAAGUGAUCGAAAACCGGGCUCCUAUGUGCUCAGCUAUUAUGGACGCACUGGCAUUAAUCAUUUCCGCAUUACGGCCGUCUGUGGUGACUUUUACAUUGGCGGACGUCAGUUCAUUUCCCUCAGCGAUCUCGUUGGCUACUACACCUCGUGCAGCGAUCUGUUAAAGCGUGAGCGUCUCGUCAUUCCCGUCGCCCCGCCGGAGCCGGUCAAUGAUAAGAAGCGUGUUGUGGCCAUUUUACCGUAUACAAAAAUGCCGGAAACGGAUGAGCUCAGCUUCCAGAAGGGUGACAUCUUCUUCGUGCACAAUGACAUGGGCGAUGGUUGGCUGUGGGUGACAGCACAUCGUACCGGCGAACAGGGCAUGAUAUUUCGUGAAUUGGUCGAUGAUCUCGAUGUGUCCAUUGAUCCCAAUACAGUGUUCCCCUGGUUUCAUCCCAAUUGCACCAAAAACGAGGCUGUCGACAUGCUCGUCAAGGCUGGACCUGGCAGCUUUCUGGUGCGACCCAGCGACAAUUCUCCCGGAGAUUAUUCGCUCUUCUUUCACAUCAACAAUCAGAUCCAGCGAUUUCGCAUUGAGAAGAAGGGUGUUCGCUAUUUGAUGGGCGGCCGGACAUUUGAAUGCUUGGAUGCAGUCAUCAAUCGGUAUCGCAAGGAGCAAAUUGUCGAGGGGCAUUCGCUUAACCAUCCGGUGGUGAAUGGCACCCAGCCGGAAUUCAAUCAGCAGUACGUUGUGGAGAAGGCGGCCGAGAAGAUUUAUGCCACAUUACGUGAGUGUCGCGAUCAGAUUGGCCUCAAGAAAAUCAAGGGCAUCAAACAUCAUGGCCAUCUCAACAAGAAGUCGGACAAAACGACCAAAUGGAAGCAACUAUAUUUUGCGCUUAUCAAUGACGGCACCGAGACCCAAUUGUGCUUCUAUGACAAUCCCAAAAAGACUAAGCCCAAAGGCCUUAUCGAUCUGUCUUGCGCGUAUCUCUAUCAGUGCCACGAUUCGCUCUGGGAGCGACCCUAUUGCUUUCAGAUAGUUGAGCGUGCGCUGCCCUGUCUGGCAACCGUCACGUAUUUAUGCGCGCCCAGCCAGGAGAGCUACGUUGAGUGGAUCAAUGCGCUGAAGGCCCAAUGCGACUCACAGCUGAGUCGCGCACAAAAGAAGGUGUCCCGUCUGCGUGAGCUGCGCUGCCUCAAUUUGCAUGUGCUGGAGGCGCAUCGAUUGCCACUCAAACUGGUGCCACAUCCCUAUUGCAGUAUUUCGCUAAACCAGGUCAAGGUUGGCAAGACGCGCGUCAAGAUUGCACCCGAGCCCGUCUGGGAGGAGGAGUUUGUGCUCGACGAUGUGCCCCCGGAUGUGGUGUCGUUGACCAUUACGGUUGUGUCGCGUGGCAAGCGUGGCAAGGACUCGGAAGUGGCCGAACUGACCAUCGAUUUGGCGAGCCUGAAAAAUGGCCAGGAGACGGAGGACUGGUACAAUCUAACUGGCAUGACACCGAUGGGCGAAUGGGGCUCCCUGCGACUGCGCAUGCGAUAUCUGGACGAUCUGAUAAUGCCAUGCGAGGAGUACAGUCCGCUCCAGCAGCUGCUGCUCGAACCGGAACUGUAUGCGGUCAAGGCGCUUGCGGAGCUCUGCCAUAAUGAUCGGGUCCCGCUGGCGACGGCGCUGUUGCGCGUCUUUCGCCAUGAGAAACGUGAAACGGAAUUGAUACGCAUCCUGUGCCAGGCGGAGGUGGCGCGCGAAAACGAGACAACGACACUAUUCCGUGGCGCCUCGCUGGCAACGACACUUAUGGAUUUGUAUAUGCGGACCGAGUGCAGCGGCUUCCUGCAGUCGGCCGUCAGUGAGACGGUGCAGCGCAUAUUGGAGAGCAAACAAUCGGCGGAGCUGAAUCCAACCAAAAUGGAUGUCAACGAUGAUGCGUGCACAAAUGCUGAAUUCCUGCUGCAGAUACUCGAUCUGGUCACCCAAUCCAUAUUCACAUCGCCGGAUGCCUGUCCGCGCAAUGUGCGCUACAUUUGCAACUGCCUGCAGAAGGCGGUCGUUGCCAAAUGGCAAACGGAGCGUUUGGUGCGUACGCGUGUCGUCUCCGGUUUUAUAUUCCUGCGUCUGCUAUGCCCGGCCCUGCUCAAUCCGCGGCAAUUUGGGCUAGUCAGUGAGACACCGCCAACGGCGGCCACUCGCUCUCUCAUCAUGGUGGCCAAGUGCCUCCAGAAUCUGGCGAAUCUCAUCGAAUUCGGCGGCAAGGAACAAUAUAUGGAGGUGGUCAAUCCGUUUAUACUUAAGAACAAGGAACGCAUGAUUGUAUUUUUGGAUCAGCUAUCGCUGGUCACCGAUCCCAAUCCGCCGCUGGGCAUGUUUGUUGAGCAGAAUCCCAAUCACAACGCACAGGACACGGGUCGCGAAUUGGCCACAUUGCAUCACAUCUGCGUAUCCUAUUUGCCAGACUUGCAGGAACUAUCGAAUAUAAUAUCGAUUAAGAAGCUCGUCACCGUCACCGAUAUGCUGACCAAGCACAAAUUGAAAUACCGCGAAAUGAUCAGCUAAGAAGAAGAUGCGAUACCAGCAACAAAAGUCAAGUUUAUAAUAGUAUAUACAUUUUUAUAUAGAU